AUGAAGCUGGCUCUGCUUCUGCCCUGGGCGUGCUGCUGCCUCUGCGGGUCGGCGCUGGCCACCGGCUUCCUCUACCCCUUCCCGGCCGCAGCCCUGCAGCAGCACGGCUAUCCUGAGCAGGGCUCCGGCUCUCCGGGUGGGGGUGGGGGUGGGCGGUGGCACUGGUGCCAUCACACGGUGACACGGACGGUGUCCUGCCAGGUGCAGAACGGCUCAGAGACAGUGGUCCAGCGCGUGUACCAGAGCUGCCGGUGGCCCGGGCCCUGCGCCAACCUCGUGAGGACUCUGAUCAGACCCACGUACAGAGUGUCCUACCGCACAGUGACGGCACUGGAGUGGAGGUGCUGCCCUGGCUUUACUGGGAGCAACUGUGACGAGGAAUGCAUGAACUGUACCCGGCUCAGUGACAUGAGUGACCGGCUGACCACGCUGGAAGCCAAGGUUCUCCUUCUGCAAGCAGCAGAGCGGCCCUCGGGCCCUGACAAUGACCUGCCGACCCCCCAGAGCACCCCACCGCCCUGGAACGAGGAUUUCCUCCCUGACGCCCUCCCUCUCGCCCACCCCGGGCCCCAAAGGAGAAGGCCCACGGGCCCGGCCGGGCCCCCGGGACAGACGGGACCACCAGGGCCUGCAGGUCCCCCAGGCUCCAAAGGUGACCGGGGCCAGGCAGGAGAGAAGGGCCCAGCGGGUCCUCCCGGCCUCUUGGGGCCACCAGGGCCCCGUGGGCUUCCUGGAGAGAUGGGGCGCCCCGGCCCCCCCGGCCCCCCCGGCCCAGCAGGCAGCCCAGGCCUCACUCCACACGGCCCCCAAGGCGUCCUCUACUCCCUGCAGCCGCCGACAGACAAGGACAAUGCAGACGCGCAGCUGGCCUCUGCCGCCGUGGACACGGUGCUGGCGGGUGUCCCAGGGCCCCGGGGCCCCCCCGGCCCUCCAGGUCCCCCUGGACCACACGGUCCCCCUGGACCCCCAGGUGCACCAGGAUCCCAGGGCCUGGCUGGAGAGCGGGGCGUGACAGGGCAGCCUGGCGAGCCUGGCGGGAAGGGGGAAGAGGAAGCCACCACCGAGGGCGAGGGGGUGCUGCAGCUGCGGGAGGCGCUGAAGAUCCUGGCCGAGAGAGUCCCCAUCCUGGAGCACAUGAUUGGGAUCCACGAUCCCCUGGCCUCCCCUGAUGGGGGCUCCGGCCAGGACGCCGCUCUGAGAGCCAACCUCAGGAUGAAGCGGGGUGGCCCCCCCCCCGACGGCUCCCUGGCUGCCCUGCUUGGCCCCGACCCUGGGCAGAGGAGCGCUGGCCGGGCCAGCGGCGGGAAGUAA